AUGGACAAGUCCUGGGUUUGGCUUCCAAGGGCCAGCAAUGAUUAUGAAAAGGGGGCAACUGAUUUCGUGAAUAAGUCAGCGUUGAGGUUGGGUAAUCCUCUUCAAAUCUCAUGUCCCUGUGUCGACUGUCGGAACAUGUGUCACCAAAAUCUCAACACAGUCGUGGAGCAUUUAGUCAUAAGGGGGAUGGAUAAGAAGUACAAGAGGAAUGAUUGUUGGAGCGUUCAUGGAGAGAUAAGAAAGACGCAGACAGAUGAGUUUGAAAGUGUUGACCACUUAGAAGCAUACGAGUUGUUUAGAACUGCAUUCUCUGUUGCUGAAGACAAUCCACAAACCGGAGAGCAACCAGAAGUAUUUAAAGGUGAAGAAGACUCUGAGUUCAAGAAGAAAUUGCAGGAUGCAGAAACUCCACUCUACUCCAGCUGUCCCAACUACAGUAAGAUAUCUGCAAUCAUGGGAUUGUAUCACAUAAAAGUUAAGAGUGGGAUUUCAGAGAAUUAUUUUGAUCAGAUUUUGACAUUGGUACAAGACAUGCUGCCUCAAGGGAAUGUCCUUCCAAAGUCCACAGGCGACAUCAAGAAAUUUCUGAAGAUAUUUGGGUUUGGUUAUGAUGUUAUUCACGCUUGCAAGAAUGAUUGUAUUCUUUUUCGGAAGCAGUAUGAGGAUAUGGAUAGCUGCCCAAGAUGUGGUGCUUCAAGAUGGGAAGUUGAUAAGCGUACGGGGGAAAAUAAGAUUGGGAUUCCAGCAAAGGUACUACGGUAUUUUCCUAUCAAAGAAAGACUGAAGCAGAUGUUUAGAUCAAAGAGGAUGGCUAAGGAUUUGCAAUGGCAUUUCAGCAAUGGUAGUGAAGAUGAUACCAUGCGACACCCGGUGGACUCACUGACUUGGGCUCAGGUUAAUGAUAAAUGGCCAGAGUUUGCUUCUGAUCCGAGAAACCUUCGCCUUGGACUAUCUACAGAUGGUAUGAAUCCUUUUUCCAUUCAGAACACAAAGUACAGCACAUGGCCAGUCUUCUUGGUAAACUACAAUAUGCCUCCCAGUCUGUGCAUGAAGGCAGAGAACAUAAUGUUGAGUCUCCUCAUCCCUGGUCCAGCUGCACCAAGCAACAACAUCGACGUUUAUCUUGCUCCAUUGAUAGAUGAUCUGAUUGACUUGUGGAAUGAAGGUAUACAGGCAUAUGACUCAUUAUCCAAUGAGAAUUUCACACUCCGAGCUAUUCUGUUGUGGACUAUCAGCGACUAUCCAGGUUUGGGGACACUUGCUGGUUGUAAAGUGAAAGGGAAACAGGCGUGUACUGUAUGUGGAAAGGAUACACCUUUCAGGUGGUUAAAAUUUAGUCGAAAGAUGGUUUAUUUGGGCAAUAGGAGACGACUGAGGCCAGGGCACCCUUACCGACGCCGCAAAGCAUGGUUUGACAAUACUGUAGAGGAAGGGACUGCAAGCAGAAUUCAAACCGGAUCUGACAUAUUUGAGAUGCUCAAGGACUUGAAGAAUGAUUUUGGAAAACCUUUAGAGAAGAAAGGCAAGAAGAGAAAAUCUACUGUGGAUGAAGAUGAUGAGAUUGGAGGUGAAGAAUAUGAAGAAGAUACUGACCAAUGGAGGUGGAAGAAACGGUCAAUUCUAUUCGACUUACCUUACUGGAAGGUAGUACUUUCUCAAUAUCACUGUGAUUGA